UAUGGAUUUCCGAACACUUACAAAAAGCAAUGUCAAAAGCAUGCCCUGGGUCUAGAUGGAACGAGGAUAUUCGCCUAUGGCAACAUAAAAUCCUAGAUGAUAUUCCAGUUUACAACAGGGAAUUGUCUGGUUAUCUUGUUCCCCUAUUCAUGUCCACAUGGGAAGACGAAAGACCACAUUUGCCAUUUUUAAAGGAUGGAUAUGAACUCAGAAAACUAAUUUUGGGCCAAGUGCUAACAUUCAAGGACAAUGAAUGUGAAGAUAACAUGCCUGCUGGUGUACUGGAAUUCAUCAAUUGUAUUAGGAAAAUCCAAAGUAAAACUGGGAGCUCAAUCAGUGGAAGGUGAUUUGCCAGAGAGAUUUCUUGCAGCCAACGGUUAAUAGGGAAUGAGCAGGGAGACAAUGAGCAUGUAGAGCUGGAUUUUUUUACCUUUGAGAAAUUAAUACUGGAUUUUGGUUUGUACUUAAAAUAUCACUUAUAUAUAUGUAGUAAACUUUUGGAGCUUGCCAUGAUAUACAUUUUUUAGGACUGCCAAUUAUAAGAGAUGAUGGAUUGCUUUCAAA